UGGCGGGUAAACGUGAAAACGGACAUUUCGAUCAUUGUCUGUUAAUUAUUAAUUAAUUAUGAAUGUUUGUUGGCUGCCGACACAAGUGAGUAAAUUUUCUCAUAUCAAACAACAAACUUUGUAAAAAAGAACAUUUUCAUUGUCGUCAACCAUGUUUAUUUUGAAUAUUCCCGAUUGUUAGACAAGUAUUUACUGUCACAUAUAUAUAUAUAUAUAUACACACACACAUACAACAUUGUAUUGGUGAUAAUCUAGUCGGAGUGGUACAGGAUGCGGCGAAGUUUAGCCCCGAGUAAAGUAUCAACCUGUAAAAGGAAAUUCGAUGAUACUAACCAUUUCACUCAGUUUAAAAAAUGCCGACCUCUGGAAACUUCAUCACCAGCAUCACAACGUCCGGCUUUAACAACCCUUGACAACAAUAAAUUCAUAUACACUACACCUAAUCAUUCUGAACAUGAGGCCUUUAUCCGCAAAAUCUUAUCGAAGCCUUUCCGAAUACCAAUUCUAAAUUAUAAAGGCGCGACACUUUCCAGUAAAGCAUUGGGAGUUCGUAGGCAAGGAACUCGAAAUGCCCUGCACGACCCCGAUGAAGAAGGAGCCUUGAUUUUGUAUUCUCCACCGGAACUCUCAGCUCAUGAGCUGGUGAAAAUGAACUCUGAAAAGUUGCCUGUCCAUGUAGUUGUUGACCCUUUGUUGUCCAAAGUGUUACGUCCUCAUCAACGAGAAGGGGUUAAAUUUAUGUAUGACUGUGUAACUGGACAGCAGAUAGAAAACAGUUACGGCUGUAUAAUGGCUGACGAAAUGGGGUUAGGGAAAACGUUACAGUGUAUCACAUUAAUGUGGACACUGCUUCGCCAGAGUCCAGACUGUUGUCCAUUGAUUAACAAAGCUGCCAUUGUAUCUCCCAGCAGUUUGGUCAAGAAUUGGGCCAACGAAAUCAAUAAAUGGUUGCCAGGAAAGAUAAACCCGUUAGUGGUGGAUUCGGGCAGUAAGAGUGAAAUUGACCGCAAUUUAAAUCAUUUCAUGAGAUCACAGGGUCACCGAAUCACAAACAACGUGUUAAUUAUUUCCUAUGAGACAUUCCGACUUCAUGCAGAAGUACUUCACCGGGGUAGUGUAGGUCUGAUCAUCUGUGACGAAGGACAUCGUCUCAAAAACUCAGAGAACCAAACCUACCAAGCAUUAGACAAACUUAAUGUUCAGAAAAGACUGUUAUUGUCUGGUACACCAAUCCAGAACGAUCUUUUGGAGUAUUUCAGUUUAGUUCACUUUGUCAACAAAGGAGUUUUGGGAACUGCUAAAGAAUUCAAGAAGAAUUUUGAGAAUCCUAUUCUUCGAGGAAGGGAUGCUGAUGCUUCUGAUGCUCAGCACCAAAAAGGUCAAGAAAAACUAAAAGAAUUAUUAGAAACAGUCAACAGAUGUAUUAUUCGUCGUACACAAGAGCUACUAACAAAAUAUCUCCCUGUGAAAAUUGAACAGGUUAUCUGCUGUAAUAUGACGCCAAUCCAAACUGAAUUGUACAAACGGUUUGUGAAAUCUAAAGCCGCUCAAGCUUUAAUUGAAAACCGAGAUGGCAAAAUGACAGCAAGUUCGCUUGCAGCCAUCACAUCUUUGAAGAAACUGUGUAACCACCCUGAUUUAAUUUAUGACAAAUGCAGUCAACGGGUCGAUGGCUUUGAAGACUGUCUUGAGGUGUUUCCUAGCAAUUAUAAUCCAAAAAUUUUGUUGCCAGAAUUAUCUGGUAAAUUCCUUUUGUUAGAUUAUCUGCUGGCUGUGAUAAAAGCCAACUCCAAUGAUAAAGUAGUGUUGGUUUCUAAUUACACAAAUACUUUAGACUUGUUUGAAAAUUUAUGUAAACAGAGAAAAUAUACCUGGGUCAGACUUGAUGGAACAAUGUCGGUGAAAAAACGAGCAAAAAUUGUUGAAAAAUUCAAUGAUCCACUCAGUACAGAAUUUAUUUUCAUGCUCAGUAGCAAAGCUGGUGGGUGUGGCCUUAAUCUCAUUGGCGCUAAUCGUUUAGUGAUGUUUGAUCCUGAUUGGAAUCCAGCCAACGACGAUCAAGCUAUGGCCAGAUGUUGGCGUGAUGGACAAAAGAAGCAAUGUUACAUUUACAGACUUGUUGCCACUGGCUCUAUUGAAGAAAUGAUCUUCCAGCGCCAAGCACACAAAAAGGCAUUAAGUAGUUGUGUGGUCGAUAACGAAGAUGUAGAGAGGCAUUUUAGCCGGGAAGAUUUAAGAAAUUUGUUUCAACUGAAUGAAAAUACUAAGAGUGACACACAUGAUAAAUUCAAAUGCCGUCGAUGUGUUAACAAUAUUCAAGUGAAAAGUCCACCUGAAGACUCUAAUUGUAAUUCAGAUCUUUCGCUAUGGCAUCAUGGCAUUGACAAAAAAGGAAUUGUAGACACUAUGCUAAAAAUGGCUUGGCACCCAACUGUUAGUUUUAUAUUCUAUCACAGGUCUCAUGAGGAACAAAGAAAAACUGUCUAAAUACUAAACUACUUCCACUCGUUUUUUUUUCUUGCCAAAAAUAAACAUUUAUUUAUUCAA